AUCCCUAUCGCUUUCCACCUGCUUUCUCUCUUCUCCCUCCUCUCCAUCCGUAUCCCAUUCUCAGCCUGCCUGUUUACCUUGCUCUCUUCACUCCCUCCUUCUCCAUCACCCUGGAUGUGUGGAUACGGCUUUUCCUUAGUGAGGGAUCCCGGAGCUGUGACAUAGUGCUGGGGGAUCUGCAAGAGAUCAUCAAAGAGCCCCUCCCUCUAAAAAAACAGGGGGGAUCUCUGUGUGUGCGUGUGCAAGAGCAUCCCUAGGAUCAGCCAGAGGAGAGCACAGCGCUAUCUGCAGCCAGCAAUAGAGGGACAAAGAGACAGAGGGGCAGAAACAGAGAGCUGGCUCAUCUUGAAAACAAAACACGGUGCCCUUGGAUGUCACCCGUUGUCUUUUCUUUCCUACCAAUGCCUCAGUUUACUUUUGCGUGCUUCUGCGGCCUACACGGGUUCUGCAAUGCGAAGAGGAAGAAAGAGGAGCCACAGGUUGAACAGGAGACCUCCGUAUGAGGGGCACGUUUAGCUUCCUAGGGAUAAAGCCAUCAGUCAUGGGGCAACUACUUCAGUAGGACCACACAGAAUGUACUCUGUGCUAAUAUUUCCUGAACUCCUUCAGUACUGGACUGACCUGUAAAACAAGUUGCCAAACAAUGAAGUACAGGCCUGUUUAGUAAUGAUGUAGUUAACAAGAAAUAUCAGCGGGGAUUAGAAGUACUCUUACGGGUUAAAACAAUUUUAACAGCUGACGUUCUAGAUGUCAUAGAAGAUGGAGCUUCCAGAGGAAGAGGCGGCUGUUUAAUACCCUCCAGUCUGGUUGGACCAUCUCUAAAAAAUAAGACGCCUGAGGCGGGGGAGGUAAUGUAGGGCACAGGCUGCCUCACAGAUAUGUUUGCAGAAUUUGACUUGUUUUGUACUGACUUA